AUGGAUAAAGUCCAAGCCUUCGGGAAGAACUUCACUGCUACGUUCAGUCCCUUUGCUGCCCGAACACAGCAGUAUGUGAAGGAGCAGCUUGGCCAAGCUGAGGAGAGGACUCAACUUCCAAAUGACUACCUCGAGCUCGAGAAGCGAGUCGAUGCUCUAAAGGCUGUCCACCAGAAGCUCCUCCAGGUCACCUCUCAAUACUCGAACGAAGCCUAUGACUACCCACCUAACAUCCGCGAAUCCUUCAACGACCUCGGCCGCACCAUCAGCGAGAAAGUCCAGCUUCUGUCCCAGGCUUCGUCCCCGGGAGAAGCACAGUCUGCUCUGACUGCCCCACCGUCCGCAAAGCCGCAGCCAAAAACUUUCAGCCAUGCCAUUGCCCGCGCUGCUCUUGCUAGCUCUCACACCAUUGUCGAGGCCAACACCCCUGGCACCGAAGACCAAUUGGCAGUUGGCCUAGAGAAGUUCGCUCUUGCAUCUGAAAAGAUCGGAGAGGCUCGAUUGGCUCAGGAUGCUCAGAUCCAGUCUCGUUUCCUUGCUGGAUGGAACACAACCCUCAACACUAACCUCAUGUUCGCUACCAAGGCCAGAAGAAAUGUCGAAAACUCAAGACUUAUGCUUGACUCAACCAAGGCUGCUAAGGGUGCCACCAAGGACAUGGACCAUUUGAGUGAAGAUGCUCGUGCCGAGAUUGAGCAGGCAGAGGACGAGUUUGUCGGACAGACCGAGGAGGCAGUUGGCGUAAUGAAGAACGUCAUUGAUACCCCUGAGCCACUGCGCAAUUUGGCCGAUUUGAUUGCCGCCCAGCUUGAAUACCACAAGAAGGCCUAUGAGAUCCUCAGCGAACUUGGUCCCAUCGUUGAUGGCCUGCAGGUCGAGCAAGAGGCAAACUACCGCAAGAGCCGAGAGGGUGCUUAA